AUGAGCAGACCUUCAGCACUCAAACGGAAACAGCCAGACUCUAAUUCCCCGUUGGAGUCUUUGACAGAGCACGAGAAAAUCAUAUAUAAUGUGAUCCGAAGCAAGCAAGAUAUGGGAAUUUGGACACGAGACAUGAAGAAGGAAGCGAACCUCCCCGACAAUCUGGUUGGCAAAUCCAUAAAAUCACUCCAAGCGAAGAACCUGAUAAAAGAGGUUGUAAAUGUCCAAAGCAAGGGGAGAAAGCAUUAUAUGGCUUCAGAGUUUGAGCCCUCCAAGGAGUUAACCGGUGGGGAUUGGUAUUCUAAUGGGACCCUCGAUAAAUAUUACAUAACCUGUGUAAAAGACGGGUUUGCAAAGAUCAUAUAUCAGCUCAAGGUUGCUACCUUGGAGGGAAUUUCUGAUGAAGUUAAAAAGAGUGGAAUAUUCAAAACUUCGUUCACAAGACCGCAAAUUGAGGAGAUUCUGAGGGUUUUGGUUUUGGACAAGCGGGUCACGGAGGUGAAGAGCACUGGGAUGGGGGAGUUUGCUUCAUUUCCAGUUGGGAAAGUUUGCUAUAAAUCCACAAGCAAGGGAGGUACUAAACGGGAGCCCAAAGUAGGGGCCAUGGCUUCCAUUCCAUGUGGAGUUUGUCCGCGGAUAAGUCAGUGUACGCCAGAUGGUAUUAUUUCCCCAAGGACGUGUGUCUACUUCACCAAAUGGUUGGAUUUCUGA